ACUGAGACUUAGCAAGGAUGCCACCCAACAUGUGGCAUAUACAAAUAGAGGAUUGAUAACAUUAUUGAAUUAGAAGCAAAAUUUCCGAAAAUUAAAAACGCAUGAAAAAACUCUCAAAACUGAGAUGGAUUCAAGUGCUGCAUUUCUUUUAUUCUGCAUACAACUAAUGCUGUUUCGUGCAAUAGAGGGUUCAGCUAAAUGGGGAUAUUAUCAACGCGGUGUUCCACCAUCAUUUUGGCAUUGCUUGGACGGCAAAGCAAUGUGCAAUCAUGGUAGAAGUCAGUCACCUGUCGAUAUUAAAACGAAUGAUGUGGUAACAGACAACAGAAUUGUCCCGUUUGACUUCUCGGAUCUUGAAAAUACCGAAAGAGUAAAAAUGGAGAUGAGAAACAAUGGUCAUGCAGUAAUAAUAGACUUUCCUGAUCACCAGCCAUUAGUUAAAAGAGGAGGUCUCCAGGAAACCCUCCAACUUAACGAAUUGCAUUUCCAUUGGGGGAGUAAUAGCCAAUGGGGUUCAGAACACACAAUAAACGGACACCAAUAUGCCAUGGAAGUCCAUUUUGAUUUUGUCACAACAGGAAAUGGACCAGUAGAAUUACGAGCGGUGAUUUCAGUACUAAUUUAUGCUGGAAAACACAAUUCUAAUUAUGACGAAAUAGUGUCAAUGCUCCCAUACAUAGCCUCACCAGGUAGUAAAAUAGUUCUGGACAAAUUUCCAGUCAUAGAUCUCUUCCCGGAAUCAACCACCUGUUGGUACCGAUAUUGUGGAAGUUUUACAACACCUCCAUGUACUGAGAAUAUUAUAUGGACCAUUUUUGAACAAAGCAUUUCUAUGUCAGAAUACCAGAUAAAUGCAUUCCGGGCCUUGAUGGGAACUCCGCGUAUGUUUGAAUACAAUAUCGUGGAUACAUUUAGGCCUGUUCAACCAUUGUGGCAACGUAAAGUAACCCGUAGCUGUCCUCGAAGGAAAAACUCUGAAAAUUACCGUCGUUUUGAAUCUAAUGACAGAUGCAUCAACCAUGGAUAUAACAGAGGAAAGAGUCAAAAGAAAUAUUCCCAGUCAACAUCUAGAUCCGAUAACAGCGUGUGUUUAUGGGUUGAUUUUUACUACCCAAAUCAUGUUGAUGAACACUAGUUAACCAAAUUAAUUAUCAGAAAAAAUACAGAAGAAAGUUGUCUUGAAAAAAUUGAUUGGUACGGUAUCAUUUUAUGACAUACCUACGAUAGAAGAAGGGGAUUAUGUUU